AUGCAUUCCGCUAUUUCACUUUUGCUUGCCGGUGCUGGCAUCGCCAACGCGUACACCAUUGCUGUGGCACAGCCAUUCAUGCGCAAGAACAUUGAUCCUGUGGUCAUUCCCGGUCAAUACAAGAGCCACAUGCAUACUUUCUUCGGUUCCGAUGCCGUCACUCUCAACACCAAUACAUCCAAGGAGCUUCAGGCUGGAUGCUCCACAGCUGAUAACCCAAACGAUUUCUCUUCGUAUUGGGUUCCUACUCUCUACGUCAAGGAUGACAAGGGCAUGACGCCGGUUCCGUUCUCCCGUUUUUCCGCCUACUACGUGGCUAUCGAGAGUGCCGAGGUCGCUAUCCCUCAAAACUACAAGACCGUCGCCGGUAACGCCCAAGCCACAUCCCAAGCCGACGUCGAAGAACUGGCUGGCAUCCAGUGGUUUUGUGAGGGUGACGAGGGUGAAACGAAGGAUGCCGCCGCCUGGCCGACCAAGACGUGCUCAACUCACCUCCAGACCCUCCUACUCUUCCACGACUGUGUGAACGAGCAGACGCUUGAGUCUGCCUACUCGGGCACCCAGAACUGGAAGGACGGCUUCAAGCCUGCCAACCGGUGCCCCGAGGGCAUGAAGCGCAUGCCGCAGCUGCGCUUCUCCAUCCGCUACGACCUUCGCAAGGUUCUUCCCGAAGGCUGGAACGGAACCCCGCCGUUCGAGCUCGCGUGUGGCAACUCUUACUGCACCCACGGCGACUUUAUCAACGGCUGGCUGCCCGAGGCCGCGACCAACAUGCUCAAUGCCAACGACAAGCGAAAAUUCGCCGGUGUGGACGGACCCAAUGGAAAAUACAAUGCCGGAUCAAACUGCGAGGCCAAGGAUGCCGACCCCAACAACGGUACGAGUGAUUAUGAUGAAAGUGUGAAGAUGAUGAGCGGCAAGCGCAGCAUCGGGCAGCGCUUUCAGUCUCGUCGCAGCACUUCCUCAUAG